CCUUCAUGAUUCACCUGGAGGUGGGACAUGACCCUGCCAAGGAGUUUACAAACCACUGGUGGAGUGAGCUCUUCAACAAGACUGCAGCCAGCUUGGUAGUGGACAAGGGGAAGGAUGGAGUACAGAUAAGGCGCCUUUCCAAGGAGACCACCCAGCGCAGUCACCCCAAGCCUAGUCUGCUGUAUCAGAAGUUCGUGAAGACAGCUACACUAACCUCGGGUGAAGAGAAGCCUGACAGAGAUUUGGGGAGCUGCAGUGACGAUGACAACCACGAACCCAUGCCUCCAAAGAUUGUGACUGAUGAGAUGCUACUUAAAGCUUGUAAGGGGCGAACAGCACACAAGGCUGCCCGGGCUGGAAUCACAAUGAAGGCCAAGCUUGCUCGUUUAGAGGCCCAAGAGCAGGCCUUCCUGGCUCGGCUCAAAGGCUCAAAGGACGUGGGCACCUCUCAACCACAGACUGACAGCGAGCCCUCCCAAAAAAAGAAAAAGAGGAGGAAGCAUAAAGAAGAGGAAGCGGCUGCAACAACUGCAGAGAAUCUAGGUGAGGGGCUCCUUGAACACACGGAGGAGAGCUUCAGGAAAAGCAAGAAGAAGAAGAAAAAGAGGCAAGAAGGUGAGAGAGGCGAAAUGGCUGUAGGAAGUGGGGAGGAAGACGACGCAGGAGCGAGGGGGCCUGGAGACCUGAACACAGAGCAAUGUGAUCAGUCUUCCAGGAAGAGGAAGAAAAAGAAGAGGCAGCAUCAUGAAGGAGAGGGGGCGAUGGGAGUCUGUGAUGGAGGAGGCAGGGAUGGGACAGAUGGAACAAAGGCCAUGGACAGUGGAGCAGACACUGACCCCUGUAGAAGCAGCAAGAAGAGGCAGCGGUGUGGGGAGGACUUGGACACCCAGGAUGAAGGAGGGAAGGAUGACCUAACAAAAGAAGAGAGAAAGGUCAGAAGAAAAGACAAGAAGAAAAGACAGCAGUGUUGUGAGGAGGAGGUUUUGGACAUAAACAAUACAGAUGGUGAUGGCAAGACUUGGGACGUAGAGAAUGAAGGCGAGAGACGUCAGCCACACCUAGAGGAGAGGGCUGGCAUCAACCCUGACCAGAGAGCCAAAAAGAAGAAGCGCAAGAGAGACUAAAGGUCCAAGGUGGCUCUCAGCUGAUUGCUUUUCAACGGUAGAUGGCUUUGGGCAGGGUUUCUGUACAGCCCUAUUAUGCAAGCAGCUCUGGAGCACCAGUCGGCUGAGGAGAGCCAAACCAUUCCGUGCUAGCUGAGGGGAUGGGUGUGGUCCCCUGUGAAACUUGCUGUCAAAAAAGUAUAAACCCUAGAGCCCAGCAGCUCACCAGCUAAAGGUUAAUAGGAAGAGGAGUCAGGACAGAGGAAUCUAUAUGAAAGAGCGUCUCUGCUUAAAGUCUGGAAAUGUAGACUUAUGCGAAAUGUCUUUCUGUGUAUUUAUUUGAGACAGAAUUUCUCUAAGAUAGCUCUGGCUUUCCUAGAACUCAGAGAGAUCCACCUGCCUCCGCCCCAUGAAUUCUUGGGUCAGAGUCAUACACUAGCUCAUCCUGC